AUGGACUACAUAGUCCGUGAACUAGCCGACCUUGGCUUAACUCACAAUGACCUGGUACCAAGGAACGUCCUCGUCGAUAGCAAUGGAAACAUAUCUUCAAUAAUUGACUGGGAUUCUUGCACACCUCAUCACACAGGUGGCGAAUAUACCAGAAAGACCCGACGUAACAGCCCUGAUGCGAUGGAGGUUGGAGAAAAGGACUGGUACCAUAUCUUUCUGCGAUAUGCGUACGACCGUACAGGGGAGGAAAUUAUGAUUGGUUGCAGCAGAAUGCAUGCGCAACUGUUUCUACAAUGGCCGCUAGUGAAAUCCAAAGCUUCUCAGCUCGUUUCGACUCCCAUAAAAGACCCUCGCAAUCAGUCAUUCUCGCGACAGAAAAUUUGUCCCAUUACUCCGGAACCAGUGUAUGCGACGUUCGAUUCUAUGCGCAUAAGUGAUGCAGCUGCUACGAAACAUAACGUUGAAAUACUAUAG